CUUGUAUGCGUCGAACGACUAAUCAACAAAUGUAUAGAGGAAGAGUGCGAGCGUGGGUCUGUCAAAGCAGAUGGAAACGAACGGAAGGAAGACGAACGUUUCAGCUGUUCACGUUUACAAACCUGAAGACUCCUAUUGUUAACCAUCAGGAGAUUUACAGAACAAUGUUUUUUCUCGUGUAAUCAGUGUUUAAAAUUUAAUUUAAAACAGUAUAAUUUCCCAGGAAACCUCACCACAAUACUAGAAACUCGAACUUAAUUUAACAUAUCCUCCGGAAAAAAAAAAAAUGGGUAUGAGUAAGAGUAACGUACGUUUGUUUAUAUUGUCUGCAUUUUAUAUAUUGUUUCUGGUGAUCGGUGCAUCGAUCUUCUCAGCCAUUGAAGCACCACAAGAGAUCAAUAUAAUAAGAAAUUUAAGAAAUCUAAGAUCACAAUUCCUGCAGGAAAAUACGUGUGUUAAAGAUGAAGAGCUGGAAUAUCUCAUAGUGACUGUAAUUAAUGCUAAUAAUCGAGGUGUAUCUGCAGUUAAUAAUGUUACAAUGGAACCAAACUGGAGUUUUGGACAGUCUUUGUUUUUCUCAAGCACUGUAAUCACAACUAUAGGAUAUGGUCAUGUCACACCUCUAUCAGAAGGAGGACGGGUCUUCUGCAUUGUCUAUGCUCUCAUCGGCAUACCAAUUACGCUAAUAUUACUGACAGCAUACGUAGAAAGGCUAAUGAUCCCAACCACUCUCUGCCUUCAAUUUUUGAAUUCUCGACUCGGUCAUCUUUAUCAAGCAUUUCAUAUCAGAAUUCUUCAUUUAUCUGUUGUAGGAGUAUUAGUUUUAGUAUUAUUUUUCUUCAUACCUGCUGGUAUCUUUGCAUAUUUGGAACCAGACUGGGAUUAUCUGGAUUCACUUUAUUAUUGUUUUAUAUCUCUAACUACUAUUGGAUUGGGUGACUUAAUACCAGGCGAUAGUUCGCAUCAAGAUUAUAGACCAUUGUACAAAGUUUGUACAACAGGAUUUUUACUUAUUGGUCUAACAUUUAUGAUGCUCUUCUUGGCAACUCUAUAUGAUAUUCCACAACUCAAUUUCAGCCUUUUCUUCUUAUUAAAAAGUGAUGCAUCUACAGAUCCCGAAAAAAUGCGUCUUCAUCCUUCGACGGGAAUGUUUGGCCCAAAAUACACUCAGCAGAUUGACGAGCCGACCAUUCGUCACGUGAAGGCCGUACCUCAUCCGGCAUCUUCCUCUCCAGAAGAAAAUCCAUGAUGACUUAAUUAGUAUUUUCAUGAAUUCCCUCCAUCGCUUUCGAGAGACAUCAAUAACUUUUGAGAUGCAAUGUAAAUAUAUAAUUACGUUGUUAUCCUGAAUUAUUUUUCAGAAGAUGAAAAAAAAAAAAAAAA